AUGUUGGGAGGAGAGGAGAGGCCUGAAGAUUCCCACAAAGAGGGUUCCUGUCAAAACGAGAUGCCAUUGCAUGUUCUGUUCAAUGGAGCAGUGGACAAAUCCUUACAGUUUGACGGUGGGCACUAUGAUCUUUUUCUGCGCUUCCUUCUGGGAAUAACACUGGAGUCCAAUCAAGACCUACUGGGAGGCUUACUUCCACAGAUAAAGGAAAGUUCAGCAAGUCUCGAGACAACCACCAAGUACAUCAAGGGCAUUCUUAUCUUUAACCAGACAGCCAUUUGUCCACACACAUACUGCACACUGGAGACACUGAGACUGGCUGGCUGUAGUCUACGUCGAGAUUCCUGUAGAACUCUUUCAUCAGUUCUCCAGUCAGAAAGCUCACAGCUGAUAGAGUUGGACCUGAGCUCUAAUCCUCUGAAGGAUUCUGGAGUGGAGCUGUUGUCUGCUGGACUGAGGCACAUUAACUGCAGACUGGAGACAUUGAGACUUGCUGACUGUGAACUCACAAGUACUGGUUGCCAAACACUGGCACUGGUUCUCCAGUCAGACAACUCCCACCUGAAGAAUCUUGACCUGUCCAACAACGACUUGACUGAUUCUGGAGUGAAGGAGCUGUGUGCUGCUCUGGGACAUCGGAGCUGUAAACUGGAGCUGUUGAGGCUCUCUGGUUGUCUGAUCUCACAGAGAGGAUGUGAUUUUAUAGUCUCAGCGCUGACAUCAAACCCUGACUCCCUCCUCACUGAACUCGACCUGAGCUACACUCACCCAGGAGACGCUGGACUACAGAUGCUGUCAACAAUUCCUUGUGGUCAAAUGAAGGUCAAUGCAGAGAACAGUUCAGAAAGCAUGCUGAAGAGAGGACUGAAGAAGUAUGCCUGUGAGCUCACACUGGACCCAGACACAGCACACAUACGUCUCCUCCUGUCUGAAGGGAACAAGAAGGUGAUGUGGGAGAGUGAGAAGCAGUCGUAUCCUGACCACCCAGACAGAUUUGAUGUGUGGCCACAGGUCCUGAGCAGACAGCCCCUGACUGGACGCUGCUACUGGGAGUGUGAGUGGUCAGGGAAGUGGGCGGAUAUGGGAGUGGCCUAUGAAAGCAUCAACAGGAAAGGAGACUGGGACGACUGUGGACUGGGAUACAAUCACAAGUCCUGGUGUCUGAAGUGUGAAAAUGGUUUCCUUUUCUGGCACAAUAAAAUCAAAACGGACAUUCCUGCUCCCCCUUCAGGCAUCAGUAGAGUAGGAGUGUAUCUGGACCGUGAGGCCGGCAGUCUGUCCUUCUACAGGGUCUCCUCGGACACUCUCACACACCUGCACACGUUCUACACCACACUCACUGAUGAGCACCUUUAUGCUGGUGUUGGGCUUUGGCCUGGGUGCACUGUGUCUCUGUGCCAGAUCACAUGACCUUCUGUGUCCUGCAGCAUCACACACACACUCAUACUCACACACACACACACACACACUCACACACACACACAUACACACACACACAAACACUUCCAGAUCACAUGACCUUCUGUGUCCUGCAGCAUCACCCACACACUCAUAUACACACUUACACACACACACAUACACACACACAAACACUUCCAGAUCACAUGACCUUCUGUGUCCUGCAGCAUCACACACACACUCAUACUCACACACACACACACACACACACACACACACACACACACACUCUCACACACACACACACAAACACUUCCAGAUCACAUGACCUCCAGUGUCCUUGUUUUUGUCUCUCUAUAAGACAUACUGUAUAUCAUCACAAACUCAAACUGCUUUAGUCUCUCUCUGUAUGACAUGUCACUAUAGUU